AUGGUGGCUCUCUUCCCAGCAUUGGACAGGACCGUCCAAUGGGCUGUGGGGCGAGGGGAAAUCAGCAUGUGGGACUCGAACUGGUCGGGUCUGGGGCAGUUGGGGACGCUGCCUUCUCUUAGUAUUCCUGUUGAUCUGAGCUCUCUCCAGGUGUCUGACUUCAUUGGGGGAGAUGGGCUGCUCCCAAAUGUUCCAUUGGAACUCUCCGCUUGGGUUUCGGCGCACAUAACUCAGGGGAGAUUCUACACUGAGAUAGAAGAGCACCCAACGGAGGACAUCAGUCAAAAUAAUGAGGAGAUUUCCUCCACUGCACCAACGAAUUGGGUAAUCUCUAUCCAACAAGAACUAGAUAGACUUCCUCGACUGAAAAAGGAAGUAUGGUGCAGCUAUUCCAUCUUUCGGGCCCCAGAAACCCUUAAAGAAAUGGACCAAACGGCCUACAGGCCCAAGAUUAUCUCCAUUGGCCCAAUCCACAGAAGCCGCUGGCCGUUGGCAUCCAUGGAAGCACAUAAGUGGCGUUUCCUGGGUCGCUGCCUCGACCGUAGUGGGCACGAUAUGGAGUUCUUCAUCAAUGCCAUCUGGCCACUCGUGGACCGAGCACGAAGAUGCUAUGCGGAACCCACCGACCGGAUAAACGAUCAAGAUUUCAUCAAGAUGCUGCUGCUCGACUCUUGCUUCAUCCUUGAAUUACUCUAUGCCGUUGCCCAAGGCUUCAAACGAAAGGAUGACCCGCUCUUCUCCGUCCGUGCGGCUGUCCUACAGAUCCGAAGCGACAUGUUAUUGCUCGAGAACCAAAUCCCAUUGUUCGUCCUGGAACGCAUCUUCGAGAUCACUGCAGGGCAAGAGUACAGAGGCAACUCAGUGAGUCAACUCGCUCUCUGCUUCUUCAGCUGGAUUGUCCCUGGAAUCAUCAAGAUUCAAGAGACUCCCAACACAGGAAAUAAGGAUGAGGAAGGCUUGCAUCUUCUCAAUGUUCUCCGGAAAAGCCUCAUUACAUUACAAUCGACGCGGCCCACAUCAGCAUCAUCAUCAUCACGGCCCCUUGAUAAACUCCCAGAUAGUUAUCCUCGCCCCGAUCUGAUGAUGCGAUGCGUCUCAUCUCUAAGGGACUCCGGGGUGAAGUUCGAGAAGAGAACAUCGAGCAAAUUGACGGAUAUCAAAUUCGAAAGAGGCGUUCUCAAAAUCCCACCGUUGUUAGUGGACGACACCACAAAGUCCAUCUUCCUCAACCUCAUGGCCUUCGAGCAGUGCCACCCGCAAUGUAGUGACCAAAUCAGUGCCUACAUUGUUUUCAUGGACGGGCUGAUUAACACCAAACGAGACGUGGCCUAUCUACAACAGAAAGGGAUUAUCAACCACCAGCUAGGAAGCGAGGAGGCUGUGGCACAGCUCUUCAAUGAUCUUAGUCGAGGUAUAAGCAUCGACCACAGGGACGGCUGUCAUAUCUACGCCCUGUCUUCUGAGUUGAAUGAGUAUGUCUCGCUUAAGUGGCCCACUUGGAGGGCCAGCUUGAAACGAGAGUAUUUCCGCCAUCCAUGGUCUACCUUAUCCAUCGUGGCCGCUGUUCUCAUCAUCGGCCUCACGCUGACUGAGACCUUGUAUUCCAUCCUAGCCUACCAUAUUAAUCGCUCUUAG